GCUUGAAUGGAGACUUUUGUUGUCUCUAUAUUGUUCGCAGUUGAGCCAUACUUUGGCUCAAAUAUUAAUGAUGCUUACGUAUUUGACGUAAUCAAUUAAAUCAUCAGAAAACUCGUUUUUUGCCAUAAGUGAACCAUCUUUAUUAACAUAGCCACUCAUUUGGGAAGAUCCGGUAACAAUACAAACACAGAACCAGUCAUACGAAAUAAGACUUUAAACUUUACUGCAUAAGGCAUAAAUUUCUAUGCUGAUGAGGAAUAGUUUACAAAGAAUGAUGUCUAGCUUGUGGUCAGUUUGUCAUUAGCUGUAGAUGCGUAUGGUCAUCAUUUAUAGUACCAUAGUUAACUGGCAAUACGUAAACCUUAUUUGUAACAGCAUAAGGUUCAUUUAUGAUCAAUUUCGAGUGUUAAAUUGCUGUAUCCUAUAAAACAUUAAUAUUAUUCUUAUAAAUAUGACCUACUAGUGACAUUCUCGGGGAAUAAAACAUAAUAUUUGAUUGUAAUAGAAAUUUAAAUAAACAUACAAUGUUUUUAUUGUAUUUGUGUGUUUGCGUGAGUGUGGUGGUGUGUUAUGAAGUACCUCCGGCUAAAUUGGAAGCGAUUUAUCCUAAAGGAUUGAGGGUGUCUGUCCCUGAUGAUGGCUUCUCCCUCUUCGCCUUCCACGGCAAUCUUAACCAAGAAAUGAAUGGCCUCGAAGGAGGACAAUGGUCCAGAGACAUCACCAAAGCCGUCAACGGAAGAUGGACGUUCAGGGACCGAGAGGCGCAGCUGAAGAUCGGGGAUAAAAUAUAUUUCUGGACGUAUGUGAUCAAGAAUGGACUGGGCUAUAGGCAGGAUAAUGGGGAGUGGACUGUCACAGAAUACGUAGACGAAGCGGGUAACCCCGUCAACAACGAGCCAGAAUACAUACCAUCCGGCUUCCCCUGCGCCAUAUCUACCACGGAAGUCUCGAUGCCUGGCUAUGUGUGCAAGGGGCAGCUGCUGUUUGAAGAUAACUUUAACUCUGGGAUCGCGAAGGGAAAUAUUUGGACGCCGGAAAUUAAGUUCCCUCAAGAGCCCGAUUUUCCGUUCAACGUGUACUUGAGCGACCGCAACCUCCGCGUUCAAGAUGGACGGCUGAUCAUCAAACCUAUCCUUCUUGAGUCCAAAUAUGGAGACGACUUUGUGAGGCAGUCAUUGGACUUGUCGACUAGAUGUACCGGCUUACUUGGAACGUCGCUAUGUGAGCAAAUGGCCUCUGGACCUCAAAUCCUGCCGCCCAUCAUCACAGCCAAGAUCACGACUAAGAAUAAGUUCAGCUUCAAGUACGGCAGGGUUGAAGUCAGCGCCAAAAUGCCACUGGGGGACUGGUUGUAUCCAGAGAUCCAGUUGGAGCCCCGGGACAGUGAAUACGGCAUAUGGAAGUAUGCUUCGGGUGUUCUUCGCAUCGCGUGUCUAAAGGGCAACAAACAGUAUUCUAAGCAGCUGUAUGGAGGACCUAUCAUGUGCGAUACGGAACCUUACAGAUCAAUGCAUUUGAAAGAAAAAAUUGGGUUUGACAAUUGGAAUUCAGCUUUUCAUAACUACACAAUAUUAUGGAAACCAACCGGCAUAUCUCUCUACGUGGACGGAGAGGAGUACGGAACAGUCGAGCCCAACUUCUAUCAGAGCGCUAAGGACAACCAUGUCACCGCCGCGUCCAGUUGGCUGAAAGGUUCUGUCAUGGCGCCUUUCGAUAAGCUGUUCUACAUAUCCCUCGGUCUGAACGUGGGUGGAAUACGAGAGUUCCCAGACAGCGACAACAAACCCUGGAAGAAUCUUUCCAACAAGGCCAUGUUGAAUUUCUGGAACAGCCGAGACCAGUGGUACUCCACGUGGUACGAUGACACCAGCGCACUGCAAGUGGACUACGUGCGGGUUUAUGCUUUAUAGAAGAAAGAAAAAUAAAUAGUAGAUUAUACAAGUAAAAGAAAUAGUAGAUUAUACAACUGAAAUAAAUAGUAGAUUAUACAACUAGUAUAAAUAGUAGAUUAUACAACUAAAAUGUGUGUAGUUGGCCAGACGCGUUGCAUGUAUACAUAUACGUGUAAGAGGGCUUCGGUCUCUCUUUACGUUGUUGGCGUUUGGUAUCUAAGGCAUUGAGGCGAUUUUCCUCAAACCAUUUGAUCUGAUUUAAGAUUAUACAACUGGGGCAUAAAGCAACUUUUAUUAUUUUGCAGGUCGAGGAUAUAUAUAUGUCCAAGUUGUAUUCUCUACUUUUUACUUUGAUUGUGAGAACAAAAAAAAAACAAUAUUUUAGGUUAUAUUGCCGUAUUUGUUUAAGUCUAAAGAAAAUCGUACUCAGGCCGGUCGGGGGCGCGAGGCACGCCGGUCGGGAGCACGGCAGUCGGGGGCGUGCGG